AUUUCUGUCUAUAUAAAGCUAUUUGAAACUUAAGGAAAUAACUACACAUUUCCGUUACAAAAUUCUUUUUUCUUCUCCUAAAAGAAGUUUUUUCUCAUUUCAAAAAUGCGAUCCUUCAUUUUCGUUUUCUUCAAAUUUUAUUCGGUAUUCCAAAGUGUCUGUGCUGGUGGGACAAUAACCAAAAAACUUGAAAGUGACACUUCUCCUAUAUUGGUAGGAGAUAUUGACGUCUAUGACGUUGAACAAUCAACUGUCCGCCUAGUAAUUCCUGUAAACAAAAAAGAUUACGUGCAAACUAAUUAUUUAGUUCUGUUUGACAAUAUCAAUACAAGGGAGAUUAAAGAUAUCAAAGAUGUAACUUACAUGACAGUUUUCGAUUCUUUAGUCAUGUUUAUUUCUAGUCUCUCUUCAAGUACAACGUAUCAAUUUUGUGUUGUUGAUAAAAGUAGAGAUAUUUUUUUCAAAAGCCCAAAUGUAACUACAAAAAAAGCUUUACGUGCAGUGACUUUUGGUAAGCUAAGUAUUACACUUUUAAAUGUUACAAAUACAACCUGUACUUUUCAAUGGAAAAAACCAGCGAAUAAUUAUGGUAAUGUGCAUUACUAUAUUUGCGUUAUGGACAAAAAAGAUGGACAAGUUACAACAUAUUCUAAAAAUUCAAAUUUUUCUGAUGUAUCUUUCAUGAUUGAUAAACUUCAUCCUGGAAAAAUGUACAUAUUCUCUGUUUGGAUAAAUGAUUCAAGUUCUUUAGAGUCUGAAGAAAUAGAAUGCGAAACUUUGUCCUCAAUGAUUACAGAAAAACCUGCUAUUGCUGAUAUAAAUUUAUUUAAUAUUUCAUUUGAUUACGGAAUGGGAAAAAUCGCGUUGAAUGAUGAUUUCCAUUUCGAAAACUGUGCCGUAAAGUACUAUGUCUAUAUUUUCAAAAAAGAAAAACACUAUCCUUUAAUUGUUAUGGAUAAAAUAACAUGCUGGAAAUACGUAUCAGGUCCUUUUUAUUUCGAAGUGGGAACUUAUAAUGUCAUUAUUAAGGCUUGUAAUAAAAUUGGCUGUUCUCGGGAAGUAAGCAGCAAAGAUUAUAAAAUUACAGUUAAGAGUAAAGAACCUGAACCUUUAUCGUAUAAAGUGUUAGAAACCACAGACUUUUCGUGCAGAAUCCAGUGGGUAAAGCAACAACCGAAUAUUUCCAUCAUUCGUGAAGAAACUAUUGAGAUUAUAACUGAUUUUGCCUUUAAUCAUUAUAAAAUUAAUUUUAUUGUCAUUGGUUCCGAUGAUAAUGUUCUGAACAUUCAUACCGCCAAAGAUGCAUGUGUCGCUCAACACUUAAAAAUCAUACCGGCUGUACCAAAAAAAGAUGAAUUUGAUAUAUCAAUCGUUGAUAAUGUGGCCACCAUCAAGUUACACAAUAGUAGAUACAAUUACUGUGAGAGAUGGUAUAAAAUAAGUUUAGGCUCAUGUAAAUUGUCAUUGUACACAUACACACCACCAGUUUAUCUGUAUUGUACAGAUGAAUCUGUAAAAAUUGAAAAGUUGAAUACUUUCUUUAGAUUUAAAUUUCAGUUUGUAGCAUGUAAUAAAAAUGGAUGUUCUUCAGCAGGGACAAGUGAAUGUUCCACAACCUACAAAUUAUCAGACAAAGUAUUUGGGCCAGAUGGAAAUCUUGAGAUAUUAAGUUCCACUGAUACAACAUGCAAGAUUCAGUGGACUAAACCAAAAAACAGUUCUGGAAAUGUAGAUUAUUAUAUUAAGUAUUAUAUCGACGGUAAUUCCUCUUCUGAAGUUUUCGAAAACUUCACAGCAUCAAGAUCUAAACCAUUUAUAGAGAUUCAAAAUCUUCAACCAGGCAUUAAAUACAAUAUUAAAGUGGGUGCUAUUGAGGACCAGAAAAUGUCUAAAAAAACAGUCGAUACAAUAUGCGACACUCAACAUACAAAAGACAGGGAUGGCAGAUUAGAGGAAGCGGCUAAAAUUUCUAAAAUUGAAGAUUCCAGGAUCGAACUUACGAUUCCUUUUAAUAAUAAUACGUACUUGCAACCUGAUAUUUCAGUUUUAGUAAAAGAGAAAAAUUCUUCGACAUUCAUACCAACAGAUGAUUUUUCUUAUAAAAUAUCAGAAUUCUUAGUUGUGAACGUUUCAGAACUUAAAGCAAGAACUUUAUAUAGAUUUCGAGUUGUUGAUAAAAGAAAUAGAAUAUAUUUUGAGAGCAACGAUGUUAAAACGAUUGACAAAAUUUUUGAAAGGGCAGGAAAUAUUAAAAUUUAUAAGAUCGAACAUUCUAUAGUCUGGUUAAUGAUUCCUAUAAUAAGUAAUGAAUACCUCGAAACGGAUUUCUUGGUUUUUAAAAAAGAGGAUAAUAUUUCAAAAUUUAAGAAGACGGAUAAUGUUAUUUACAUGCAAGCUGCAUAUACUUUAGUUAUAUUUGUUUCUAAACUUUCUUCAAAUACGAAAUAUCAGUUCAGGGUUGAGCAUAAAAGCAAAUAUGCUUUUUACCAAAGCACAGAAGUUACAACAAUGAAAAAAGCUUCAGGCGUGCCUGACAAACCAAAUGAAAAAAUGUUUUAUAUUUCAUUUGAGAAGAACGAAGCGAUUUUAACGAGGAAAGAGCAUUAUCAUUGGCAAGAAUAUUGGAUAUCAUACCAUAUUCGUAUUUACGAUAUCAAGGGAGACUAUGAAUUUCUUAUUAAAACAGCUGACUUAGAUAGAAAUACAAGUUCUAUUCAUUUCACGAAUCUCACACAAGGACAUAAAUAUAAAUUUAGAAUUGAGGCUUAUAAUAGUACCGGAACUUCUGCAUAUAUGGUUACUAAAGAAUACAUAGCUGGCAACUAUGAAAGACCAAUUGAGGUUUUAAAUUUUACGGACACAACAUGCACAAUUUUAUGGAAGAAACCAGAAAAUGCGACCAAAGAUAUGAUUAACUAUAUACAUGUUACCGAUAAGGGCGACAGAAAUAUUAAAAUACGAUAUAUUUUUGCUUCUUCUGGAAUACCUCUUACUAUUUAUAACCUUUAUCCUGGAAACGAAUAUGCCUUUGCCGUUUCUACAAUAGAGGCAAUGCGUUCACCGUUCGUUGAAACAGAUUGUAGAACUACGCCCGUAAAUGUUAACCCCAGCAAACCCGAAGCGAAUUCUUUUAAUAUAUCAUUCGAGUAUGGAGCUGUUCAAAUACAGUUCAUCAAUUACUUAAUUUAUGAAGAUUGUGAAAAAGUAUACAAUGUUUUUAUUCACAACAAAGAAGAACGAAAUACUUCAGUAGUAUAUGAACAAAUAACAUGCAGAAAUUAUAAAGUCGGUCCUUAUUAUUUCGAACCAGGAAAAUACUUUAUUAUGAUCCAGGCCUGUCAUACAGAUUCCAGAUGUUCUGAAUUUUUAAGAAGCAGAGAAUAUACUAUAGUAAAAAUGAAAGAACCAAGACCAUUAUCCUACAAAGUAUUACAAACCACGGAGUCUUCAUGUACAAUCCAGUGGAUAAAGAAGAAGAAUAUGUCAGAUAUUUAUUCCGAAACUAUUCGGUUUUCUAAGAACUCUCUCAGGGAUGGAUAUGAAAUUAAUUUCAUUAUCAUUGGUACUGACAAUCAACCUCUUAAUAUACAUACUGCCAAGGAUGCAUGCAUCGGUCAUCAUCUAAUAGUCGUACCUUCUAAACCAAAAGAAAGUGAUUUCGAUGUAACGUUGCACAAAGUGGAUCCGUUAUUGCAAAAGCAACAAAAUAUAGCCACUAUAAAGUUGCACAAUAGUACUAAUAAUAAUUGUGAAUUACGGUAUACAAUUCAAUUGUGCAUCUCAUCAGGUACUUGUUUCGAUAAGAAAAUUCUAAGAUGCAAUAAACAUUUAAACAUCGCUCACACAUCAAAACAUGUAAUUUACUAUUUCAUAAUUGCUGCUUGUAAUAAAAUUGGAUGUUCUCAACCAAUAAAUACCAAACUGCAUAUUAAUUACAAUCCAUCUGAUGAACUUCAUGGACCAGAAGGUCCGAUUCAAAUUUUGAAUUAUACGAAUACUUCAUGUACAAUCGAAUGGGAAUUACCUAAAUACAAUUCUAGCUAUCAAAAAUACGAUAAUAAAGAAACGAGUACAUCCCACUUUGUAAUGUACUAUUUACAUUUUUAUAUCGAGCAUGUAUCAUCUUUUGAAGGUUUCAAAAUGUAUCAGUAUAAUGUGUCCUCUAAUAAACCAUCCUAUACUCUUAAGGAACUCAGUCCUGGAAGUAAUUAUAAUAUUAUUGUUGGUGUUCUUAAAGAUUAUAAUAAAUCUACAAAAAGUAUUUCGACGGAAUGCCACACAUUGUUUUCCUAAGAUAUUUUGUCUCUCUGGAGCACCUAUUCGAAUUAAGAUUAAGACACAUGUUCGUUGUGUUUCUAUAUUUUGUUUAUUUUUCAUUCAUAAAAUGAAUAUUAUAAGUUAUGAAUAAUAAUUUACUUAUUUUAUAGCAUUUAUAUGAUAUUACAUGUUUAAUCAUGGUGAAAUUAAUUAUCAAUAACACAUCUAACUAAUCAUUCUUUUUGAAAAAAGCGAAGAGCGAUUUUACGCCGAUCAGUCUAGUUAGAUUUAUAUUAAUUAUAAAAUAAUAAAUUUAUUAUUGGCGUAUCAGGAAAUUAAGUUAUCCCUAAGAUGUUUGGAAGAUUAAAAUUGUACAACAAUUCAAAGACUCCAUAUUUUAGUAUACAUGCAAUUAUAUCAUAAUAUCUUAUCUGUAAAAAAACAAUGGUUUUAAUAAUUGUUUAUAAUUAUAAUAAAUAAAUAUUAUAAUAAUAA